AUGCCAUCGUAUGCUAAUAUAUAGUCCUUUUCAGACAUUUACUUUUCCUCUAAUUUUUUGCCUUUUUCAGUCGCAGUGACGUGAAAGCUCUGCUAGAAAGUUUGGACACGGAUAAAUCGGGCACCGUCAGUGCCAAGGAGUUCCUUACUGCUUUCCGCGGAAUGGGCAUAAGUGAAGCUGAUUUGAAGGAAUUUAUCAAAUCGGUUGACAAAAAUGGUGAUGGCGAAUUGGAUAUUGAUGAACUGGCUGACUAUAUCUCCAAAAGAAAAUAA